AUGGUGUUAUCCGAAGCGACACAAUUUAUUAUGAAGCCCGAAUACCGCGACACCCUUGCAAUAAUAAAGGGUCUACGAAAUGGGGCCGUAUAUGGAGCCAAAGUUAGAUUCCCACACGCAUUUGUGAUGACGUUCCUGUUCAGGGAGGGAAGUUUGAAGGAUAAGUUUUCGUUCAUCUUGAGAGCAACUAGACAACAUUCGCAAAAUCUUGCCUGUUUUGUGACUAUAUAUAAGGCAUUGAUGUAUUUACAAAAAAAAUUGCUUGGGCAAGAGUCAAGUAGUCAUUCUUUCAUUGCCGGUACAGUUGGAGGUUAUAUUGUUUUUGGAGAGAACAACAAUAUUAAUCAACAAAUAGUCUUGUACGUUUUCGCGCGUAUUAUGAUUGGCUUGGCCAAACUGCCGGUCCAACGUAAAGCGAUAGACGAACCGAUGCAUACAUUCUCAGUAUUUGCUGCCCUUACAUGGGGAACUGUAAUGUGGCUAUUUCGUCAUGAACGAAGUGUGUUACAACCAUCAUUGCAAGCCUCUAUGCAAUAUUUGUAUUUAGAUUCGGAUCAUUGGAAUUCUCUCAAGAAUUUCUUAUGGCACAACAAAUAG